GUGCUUUUAAGAUAUUUAAUUAGUUCUCAUUUAUAGAAAAUUGUACAAAUAUUUAAACUAAUUUAUAAUCUGUGAAAUUUCUAAUAAAGAUGCUCCCACUUUAUCGUUCAUAUCUUCGAGCCGUCAUCAACCGUCACAUAAUAGUACGUCACUUUGUAAAGAAUAUACGGUUUGUUCCUGAAAUUCGUAAGUUAAUGUCAAAAGAGGUUGGUAUUUUUGCUAAACCAGUUCAGUUAACUUCAGACCGUAGGGGUCGUAACGUUAUAAUCAAAAAACCUGGGAAAUUUCCAAUAAUCACAUCGAGUGACCACACUGUAAAUAAAUCCAUUGCUCUUGCAGCUAAACAAAAUGCUGGAGAAUUACUGGUACAAAAUAUGGUUAAUAGUGCUAAUGGAAAACUUGAUGAUAAAACUUUUACAACUACAGUGGCAGAUCAAGUUAAAGAAAAAAUGGGGCUUAAAAAAUUAUGUACAGCUGUCGAACCUGUUAAAAUGCAUCGUGGUUUUAUUCUUGCUGUUAAUACUGCAAAACAAAUUUUAAAAGCCAUAUCUCAUCCUAUUUCUAUAAAAAAAGGAAUAGCAGAAGUGGUAACAAUUUCUGUUAGUGGAGAUAAAAGUAUUGCUAGUCUUAUAUAUGAAGCCCUGGCAAAAGUUAAAUCUAAUGGUGCAAUUAUUGUCGAAUAUGGAGAUAGUCUCACUGACAAAUUGGAACUUACUAAAUGCUUGAAAUUUGAAAGUGGUCAUAAAUCAAUGGUAUAUAAAAAUUCUGUAAAAGGUGACAGAAUCCAAAUGCAGGAUGAAUUCAUAUUAUUCGGCGAAAAGGAUGGCAUAGUUCCAGCUUUAAAAUUACCAUACAAACAACGUCAGCCUUUUGAUAGCAUUGCUGAGGGUAUUUGUGGCCAAGCUGUACGACGUUUAGCUAUCAAUCGCUUACAAUACCCAAUGCCACAAUCUGCUGUAAGAGCUUCAUGCUCCGGUAAUGCCAUGAGGGAAAUGCUAAUAUAUGUGGCUGUUUUUUGUGCUGGUAUUGAUUUUGGCCACAAAGCUCGUUUAUAUACCUUAGAAGCUAUAUUGUUUAAUGAUCUGUGUAAAAUAGGGAAGGUUAUUGUAUCUCUCCUGAAAUCUAAAGGUAAUAAGGUUGAAUUUCAAGAUCACAUUGGUGACAAAAAGCAACAAAUCAUACUCACCAAACCUAUUCUUGAGAUAGACAAAUUACAAGGACGCUUACGUUCACCUACCAAUGAUGUGGCAUUUUUGCGUAUUUGUGAUUCCAGUGAAGUUAAUAACAAUGGCAAAAUGAUUUAUGGGAUCAAUGCUCUGAACAUGACUUGUUUAUGUACUGAGAAACCCAUUGUAUCUGAUGAAGGUUCUGAACUGUUAAGCUAUAUACCAACAUUAAAUGGUCUCAAAGGGCUGAACGAAGAUCAGCUCGGAAUGGAAAUUGUACACCUUGCACUUCGUAUAGCUUCUACGAGAAUUGCUAAAAAUACUGGAGCUGAUGGUGCGAUCGUAGUUGCACUGGCUGAAAACGGAUUCGCUGAUUAUGGUCACGAUGCCUUAUAUGAUGAAUAUGGUGAUGUGAUUGAGAAAGGAAGAAUUGAUCCAACAAAGGUUCUGCGUACAGUUUUUCCAGUUGCGACAGGAAUGGGGUCCUUGCUUGCUAAAGCUGAAGCGGUUGUAGUCGGUCAUCCUGAAUUGAAAGAUCUUUGUUCAGGUGUCUUUACAAAUUUGGUUGCAAUGUAUGGUAACAAUGAAAUGGGUGGUGGGGCAGUAAGGGAUGCUGUAAGCGGUGUAGAUGUUAUUGAAGAAACUAACUAUCUAUAUGUCUUGAAAGGAAAAGAUAACAGUUUUUAA